UUAACUCAUUUUAGCUUCGUUAGUUUAAAAAAUGUAUCAACCAGAGGAAGGAAAGCCAGCAUACAAUCAACCACAAGGAGCUGCCACAGGUUUUCCGGUUAGCUACAACAGCGCUACAUCGGGGUACUCCGGUGCCUCAACGGAUUACGCGCCUCCUCCUCCUCCUCCUAAACCUCUAGUUGAAUGGUCCACUGGUCUUUGUGAUUGUUGCUCUGACCCUGGAAAAAGUUGCAUAACGUUAUGUUGUCCAUGUAUCACUUUUGGCCAAGUUGCAGAAAUCAUUGACAAGGGAUCCACUUCAUGUGGUGCUAGUGGGGCUCUGUAUACAUUGAUUUGCUGUGUGAUUGGAUGUGGUUGUUUGUAUUCUUGCUUCUACCGGUCAAAGAUGAGACAACAAUACGGUUUGAAGGGAAAUGAUUGCACAGAUUGCUUGAUUCAUUGCUGCUGUGAGGCCUGCGCCUUGUGUCAAGAAUAUCGUGAACUUGAGAACCGUGGAUUUAACAUGGUCAUUGGGUGGCAUGGAAAUGUUGAGCAACGUACCAGAGGAAUAGCAAUGGCUACAACUACAACAACAGCUCCAACAGUUGAACAUGGCAUGAGCCGUUGAAGUGAGUGAAGAUCCAUAAUUCAUGCAAUUGUGUUUUCAUAAUUAAUCUUCGUUUUGCAGCCAAAUUCCCACUAUUUCUAGUCUGGUAACAUAAAUAAGAAUUAAUGUUGUGUAAUCUUUAUUAUUUAACUCAUUUGAUAAUCUCUAUCUCUAUCUCUAUCUCUAUCUCUAUAUACAUGUAUUCUAUACUACGUACUUUACUUA